UUAAAGUUUAUGUGGAGUGUAGAUCGAGGCUUGAGAGGAGGCGAUGUCACUCCUAAAAUCUUGUCAAUUUACAAUUUCUGAAAACCUUGCGAUUCAUUUCAACUCUAACCAUAAAACUCAAUUUUGCCAAACUCACAAUUCCUCCAUCACUGUAAAUAACCAUCCUCGAAUUUCUCCCCUUAACAACAAAAUCAAAGCAGUGAUGUCAACAAAAUCCGCCGCUGUUGAUCAAAGCAGCAAUGUUACUGAAUCAAUGAAGAAUCUUCUUUUUGUUGAAAUGGGUGUUGGUUAUGACCAACAUGGGCAAGAUAUUACCAAAGCCGCAAUGCGAGCUUGCCGGGAUGCUAUUUCUUCCAAUUCUAUCCCUGCUUUUCGUAGAGGGUCUAUACCAGGUGUUUCAUUUGAGCAAAUGAAAUUGCAAAUCAAGCUUGGAGUGCCCCAAUCUCUCCAACAAUCCUUGGACAUAGAGAAAGUAAAAUCCGUGUUUCCAUAUGGGAAAAUACUCGAAGUUGAAGUUGUAGAUGGUGGACUCAUAUGCUCAAGUGGUGUUCAUGUUGAAGAAAUGGGAGAUAAGAAUGAUGACUGUUAUAUUGUUAAUGCUGCUGUUUACGUUGGUUACUAAGGAGGAAUAGGCCAAUAGCUGGGAUCAAUGCGUCUAACACCUCCUUUUCUGGUUGCGUUCAUCCUGGACACUUGGGGUGAUCUGCAACAGAAACGAAACAAUUUGAAGACAGUUGGAAGAGCGUUUGUUUCGAAAAGUAAUAAAGUUUGCUUCUUGAUUGAUCAAAUUAAGUUAUCUUAUUGCUUCCUUUUCAGUUCUUAGUUCAGUUAGAAUCUAUCUGUUGAUGUUGUUCAUAGUAUAAUUCAGCACUAGAAGGGUGUGCAGAGUGUGCUGAUUGCUGAUAGUAGAUGUAUGAACUCUUACAAUAUUGACACGGCUGCUAGUGGUUCAUUUGAUACACCCUAAUUUGAUAGUCUUUUGUUCGACUUUUUUGUGACAUGUUUUACUCCCUCUGUUCCUCUCAUUUUGUACCUAGUGCAAAAUGGGUAAAAUUUAGUGGAACGGGAAAUUGGGUUGGAGAAUGAGACUAAAACAAGUGGAAGAUAGAAAUAAGUGGUUAAGAUAAUGAAAGAGUAAAAGGUUAUCAAUUGUUUUGUCGAAUAAAAUAAGAGGGAUAGAGGGAGUAAUUAGUAUUCCAUCCGUCCUAGAGUAGAUUGUUUUGUCGAGAGUUUUAGGAUUUGUUUUUAGAUAUUCUAUUAUUGUUUUUUUUAGUCAAUUGUUAUCAAUUGUUUAUGAAACUAAUUGUUCAAUUUGACUGGGGAUUGAGAGGAGAGAUGUCAUAAGUCACAACGACAAGGACUCAUGCCCAAAACAGAAGUGGGUAAUAUAUUUUUAGACUGCCCAAGAGGGGAAGUCAUAAGCUCUUCUAGGAAAGGAGUAUACAUAUAUAUAUG